AUGUAUUUGCAGAGUUUCGAUUACGAGAUCCGGUUCCGGAAGUCUACGGAUCAUGCGAAUGCUGAUGCCAUGUCGAGGAUUCCGUUAGGAGUAGCUGAUCCCCAGAAUGAGAUUGAGGAGUCGGAUGCUGUGGAAUUGAGUCAAAUCGAUACUCUACCCUUGACUGCUGCCGAGUUAGGUCAAGCUACGGCGGGGGAUCAGACGGUGCAAAAACUGAUCCAAGGCAUCAAGCACGGCCAGCUGGUGGAAGCGAAGGAUCGUUUCGGAAUCGAACAGAACGAAUUCUCUCUACAAAAAGGAUGCUUGCUUCGGGGAAUUCGAGUGUACGUGCCUACAGUUCUCCGGAAACGUGUGCUGGAUGAAUUACAUUCUACUCACUUCGGUACAACCCGUACGAAGUCGCUGGCAAGAGGCUAUUGUUGGUGGCCUGGUUUGGAUCGGGAGAUCGAAGAAUUGAUUGCGAACUGCGCUGACUGCCAGUCAGUACGUGCGGAACCUGCGAAGAUGAACGUUCAUUGCUGGGAAUCACCAAGUGAACCGUUUCAAAGGGUCCAUGUUGACUUUGCGGGUCCUUUCAUGGAUACCUACUUCUUCAUCUACGUGGAUGCGUUCAGUAAGUGGCCGGAGAUCGAAGUGUGCAGAUCCAUUACGGCCGAAUGCACCGUAAACAUGUGUCGCAAGAUCUUCAGUAUGUUUGGCAUACCGUCAGUCCUGGUGAGCAACCAUGGCGUCCAGUUUACUUCGGAAGUUUUCCAGCGGUUCCUGAAGAUGAACGGUGUAGUUCACAAAAUGGGAGCGCCGUAUCAUCCGGCAACGAAUGGACAAGCGGAGCGGUACGUCCAGACGUUCAAGCAGAAAUUGAAGGCACUGAAGUGUUCCAAGUCUCAGCUGAACCUGGAACUGUCUAACAUUCUUCUUACCUACCGCAAGAUGAUCCAUCCGUCUACCGGGAAAUCACAAGGCUGA